AUGCUGAUGAAUGUGAACAACAAUGCAACAAGUGGAAUAAGUGUCCCUCAACCUCAGCGUCGAUCGUUGAUUCUCAUUCCUCUCGGACCUGCAGAGGAGCCACCAGUAUUCAACUUGACUCUCAAUCUCAAUGGCGCUCGAAGUUCUUUUCUCAUGGGAAUAGACGAGUGGGUCAUGAAACGUCCGUCCAACCUCCAACUUGUUCAUCGUUUAGUCAAUAGUUUUAAGGCAAACUUGGAAAUGGUUCCUUUCACUUGCGAUUCACUCGCCAAGUCCUCCUUGGUGAACCAUGCAAAGUGGUUGGAGGAGAUUUUCUCCAUGCUUCUGCCCAUUGAAGACAAUGACUCCUCCAUUUUACAUCUUGCCUGUGUUCGUCAACAAGUGCGGUCCAAUGGAAGGCAUGUCCGAUUAAUAAUUCUGUUUACUUACAUUGAUGAGAUGCUUUCCAGCAUGCUCUGUUCUCAUGGCAUUACAAAGGAGGUCUUAACACCAUGCUGCAAGGCCUACGCUACGUUGCUUUGUCUUGUCGCCGCACUAACACCUCCGAGAAAACUGGCCUUAGAGCUCAUUCAAUCCACUCAACAGCCAUCGGUCCCACUUCCACAAGUUCAACUACCUCAAAAUCAACAGGUGGGCUUCGGAGCCUCGGUAGCUGUGACUCCAGUAAAGAUGAGCGAAUCUAUGCUAGGUUUAAGAGUUUAUCAAGAGACGUUUUGCUGUUGGAGUGCAGCCACGGUGCAGUUUGAGCACAUCGCAAUCUUCUACUCAAGUAAAGAGAAGCCUGUGGCACUUGAAAGGCACGCUUUACAAGUACGAACUCGCCGAACCAGCGACUUAAUUCACCAAUCCUUCGAAUACAUGAUGCAGCAGCAGCAGCAGCCUAGACCUCAACCUCAGCAAAAUACACUAAAG